GGUUUGACCCACACCCGCCGCCCGCCCAGCCCCUCCCCCUCCCUGCAACGAACGCUCCCUCCUCCUCCACCGCUGGGCUGCGACUCUGCCGCGCUCUGCACAGGCAUACACACGCUCUCGUGGCUCACGCAUCUCGGCCCUGCCUCGCCCUGCCCCGGCAGCGUCUCCCGCCGCAAUGCCCCCGAUCCAGCAGCCCGUGUCUGUUCGCGCCCUGCUGCUGCUCCCGCCCGCGCCGUCGCCGCCCACUUAUGCGGCCCUCAAAGCCGCUUACAGCGCGCCGCUGCUCACUGUGCUCCAGCAGCUUGCUCGGUCGCCGGAGAGGGCCCAUGGACGUGCUAUCCUUGAGAUUGCGCUGCCCUGUCCCCACCUCUACGGCCGGCUUGACGCGCCACGAGGGCCUCUUUAUGCUGCCACCGAGAGCCUCGUUGCGGGCCUAUACAAGCUUAUCUGUAUCAUAGCUGCCCAGAACGCCAUCGACACAGAAGAUGCGGAAGGCGUCGACGCCCGCAUUAUACUUGUCGCAUACCCACGCAAUGGCAGGCUGGACCAGCCAGCUUCCGACAGCACGCCUGAACAUGAACUGCAGGGACCGGCCGUCGAUCUCAACACGCUCGCCCAAAGCCCGAGAUCUUGGGAUCACAUCUUCUCUGUACAAUGCGAGGAAGGAGAAGGCCUGCUGAAACAUUUCCUCGCCUUGUCCGGUGUUGCACGCAACGUGCAGCGAGUACGCGGCGGCAUAGUCACCGUCGAAAGCACACCCCCUAGCGAAAGCCAGGUCAGCCCUGUCAAUCAUCUCUCCGUGGCUGUCGGUGGCACCUUUGACCACAUGCACAUUGGCCACAAACUGCUGUUGACCAUGUUUGCUUUCGCGCUCGGCAGAAGACACUCGCAUGACGACCAGGCGCCAAGCGUACUCACCGUCGGCAUCACGGGCGACGAAUUGCUCAAGAACAAGAAGUAUGCAGAGUUCCUGGAAAGCUGGCACGACCGUCAGCGGGGGGUUCACGACUUUCUCAUGUCCGUCAUCUACUUCGGACAGCCUGAUGACAACCGAAUUGGGGUCGAGGAACUUAACGAACCAGGCCCAAAUGGACACGCCGUGCACGUCUCCUACCCCUUCGGCUUACUCAUCAAGUAUGUGGAGAUUUGGGAUCCCUUUGGCCCCACCAUAACAGAUGUGGCCAUUACAGCUCUGGUUCUCUCUUUGGAGACUCGCGGUGGUGGCAAAGCCGUCAACAGCAAGCGUCUUGAAAAGGGUUGGCGUGAGCUUGAAGUCUUUGAGGUAUCCGUGCUAGAUGCGAGCGAAGAAGAGCGCGUGGACGAAACGUUCCAGAGUAAGUUGAGCAGCACCGAGAUUCGCCGAAAUCGAAGUGAGCGCAGCCAGUCCCAGAAGUGACGUGUGCCUGUGUGGUUUCCACGGAGGGGCUAGAUAGCUUAGCAUGGCCGCAUCUGCACCUACAGGAUGAGACAGCUCGCAGCGCCAGGGCGAGUACACUCACGCCAUGUGCGAGAAGGAGACUGCUCAGUGCAGAAGCGGCGGGGGCAUAUUUCUGUGCGACGUUUCCGUGUCCUCGAGGGGCGGUCAAG